CUGGCACAAAAAAGGGAGGAGAUGUAGAGGAGUGGAGAGUGGGCGAGGACUAUAAACUUCUAGGACUGGAGAGAGUCUGGAGGGACCAGGGAAGGUGGGGAGACACGUGUGAGCCGCAACGCAGCAGUCUCAGGACCCACCAUGGAGAAGAUCCUGCUGUGUCUGUUGUUAAUCUUCGCAAUAGGCUUCGCCUCUAAGCAGAAGCGGGAGCCAUUAGAGUGGGACUACCGGUCAGAAGGUAUUUUUCUGAGCUACAAGCCGUUGUAAAAUGUCUAAGAUUGAGCACUUGGUUACGUUACAGAGUCCUAAUGGAUGCCUUUACAAAUCCCGCAUCAUAUGCUGCAGCACAGAAGUCUAUAUCUGCAAUGGAACCAGAUUUGUAUAUGUCUUCAGCAUGGAGAAGAAGCAAAUAACAGCUGUCUAUCAAUUUCCCUCUGACAUUUGGCACAUAGAACUUUCAAGAGCAUCGCACCAGUUGUACGUCCUUUGUGCCCAGAAUGGAUUGUAUCUUCUGGAGUGGGAUGAACAUGGAAGGUUGUUGAGAGAACCAAGCUCUGUCACGAGUAAAGGAGACAUGACUGUAUACCAGAUAGGCUCCAGUUUUGGCCUCCUGAUUGAUCCAUCUCUCUGCGCGUUCACUGUAGUCAGUCGGACUCUUGUUGUCAUAAUAGCACAGCAGGACAAAUGGAAGAUCGCAGUGUUUCAAAAGAAAUCCCUAAACCCUGAAGACCUGUUUAAAGCCCCGUCCAGAGAAGUGACGUUUUCUUACAGAGGUGGAAUGAACAGCGGUGAUCUGCAGCCUGUCCUAUGCUGUCUCUCUAUGUGGAAAGACAAACCAAUGAGCACUCAAUGUAAUGUCGCACUGGAAGCCGUGCUGUUCACUAGGCUUUUCGGAGUAGAUGUUGCCAUGUUGGAUUCUCCCAUGAUACUUUGUGGGUUCCCAGAUGGUCAGGUAGUUGCUUUUCCAUUGAAGGGUGCUGGCGUACACUCCACAAAUCAGAGCACAACCCAAGGCUCGUUAAAGCUUCUUUAUCACUUGGAGCAACCCGUAGUUUCUAUUGGUACCAUAAAGAUGAAACCAUGUGGCUCCAAUACUGAGCAACCACUUGAGGAAAAUACAGCCUGUGACUGUGUAGUGGUUGUCGGUCAGAAGGGCCUGGUGUUGUCAGUGACAGGUAGUGAUAAUUCAGGUGCUAUCUCCUGUGCCUAUAAAGAUUACAGAUUACCCGCUCCUGUGUGCUGCACGUCCCACUCCACAUCUGGUGUCUUCUGCUGCACAUCCAGUGACCUCAUCUAUGUAACCAGACCAAGCCUGGAGAAAGAAGCUGCAACCAAUGCCAUGUGCUCAACAGUGACGUCCAUCCGUCACAAUAUACCCAUGAUAGUGGGGUUAUCACCGGUGUCCUCAUUGGAUGACACACAGCUAGUUGCUUUGUCUAAGAGGGGACGUCUUAUGCUUUGCAAGUUAAAUCAGAAAGGAAGCAAAGAUCAGCAGCAUGGAUUGGGCUGUGUGAACACUGGACAGAGGAUCAGAGAGCUGUUGUCUGGAAUUGGUUCUGUGUCCGAAAGAUCCUCUGCAUUGAAGAUUGUGGCAGAUGAGAAGAGCAGGUCCUUAGCAAGGCUCAACCACGUGAUGUCAUUGAGCCGGGAGUUGCUGUCCGGACAUUGGACGACAUGUCCAGUCAGAUGUGCCAUCAGGGUGUCUUGGACCCAGAUGCUUCUGAAAGACUAUAUUACCGCAAGCUGCAGUCUGCAAAACAAGAGUGACUACGUCCUGGAGCAUGGGUGGACCUUGUGUCUCCUCAUAAGUACUGACCCAAUCACUUCUUAUUCCUUUCCCAUUUUGUUGCUAAAACCUGGGGAAACAAAAGAAUUUGCUUUCCCUUUAUAUGGACAGGGAUUGAACAGCCUGGAUUUCCCUAUUAAAAUAUCUUGCUCCUUAUUUUAUAGUUUAAAGGGAUUUGUUGCAGAUUGUGAUAAACUUUCCGAGCUGUACUUGUCUUUCUCGCACAAACAGGGAGUCUACAUUCCUCUACAGGAGCAUGAUAUUAACAUAUUGCAAUGCCUGCGUCUAAGCUCCUCGACUACCUAUUGCUCUGGUUUACCACAUACUUUUCUGGAGGAUGCAGUGAGUGCUGUUUGGAAAUCGCCUUUCAGAAGUGACCAACUGGGGACACCUCCUAAGGCUCUUGUUAACCAGGGACCUAAUCGUACAACGCCUUUGAAAGCUUCAGUUCGAUUGUCGGCCAUGCUGUUAACGUGUGCUUUAAAGAAUGAAAAAUCAGAGAUGUCCCUCUGCUCUGUUGUACUGCAUUGGCUGUUGCCAGAGGUGUUGGUAAAGGAGCAAGAUGUACAGGAGGUUAAAGGUUCAACCCCAGAUGGAAAGAAGUUUUGUAUCCGGGUUCAAGAGAUAUCGGUGUCAGAUCUGUUGUCAGAAGGAUCCAUCCAAGCUAUCGAGGUGGAAAUUUUAAGCUCUCAUUUACAUGUUGUGGCUUCUUUACAUCUGGCUGUCCUCAGCCGAUUCAAGAUAUUAUUUCAAGAUAAGCCAAACAGUGAGUGUCAUUCCCCUGAUCUGAAUUUAGGGAAGAUUCAGCAGCUGUUCGGUGCUCAUGAGCUUUUAAUAAAAGAAGUGAAGAACCUGAGAGAGCGCCUGGGUAUGGAUGAAGAAAUUAUCUCUAGUGCAGCUGCCCAGAGACUCCUUGAUAUCUACAGAGACUUGCGUGAUCCAGGCCUUCUCUUCGUAUGAGUCUGAAUGUAAUCUUCAUUCCUUUACUGAGGAGGAAAGCUGCUUCAGGAGAUCUCAGGAUCAGAUAGGAUCCCGGUGGCCGCGGUUGCGCAGAAGACUCCUUCUUUUCUCCCAGCUGGGCCGCUCUCUGUCCUGAACGUGCACGCUGCUGCGCGUGCGCGAUGGUGACUUCUUCCUGGCCAGAAUAGUACAGAGCUGUGAAUGCACACGCCGGCGCGUUCAGUCCAGCGCCCGGCCGGGAGAAGACUUUAAUCGCGAUAAAGCCCCCAGCCAGAAUCCAGGAAGUGAACGGCGCGCUGGCAGCAGGACACAACCAUCUGCUGCCUACUAGAAAAUGAAGAGCACCCGAGAGGAAGUGGAGAAUUGAGAGGCUCAUGUUACUACACUCCGAAGUUCAGCUUCCUGCUUUUGUUGUAAACCCCUUAAGUACAUUUUCUUUUUCACACCCUCACCUUCUGAGAGCCCUAACGUUUUUAUUUUUCAGUCAACAUAGCCAUAUUUUUUUGUAUUUAUUUUUUAUAUGCACCUCUAGGGGACUUGAACCUGCAAAUAUUCAGUCACUUAUUCCAUACACUUCACUAGUACAUUGUUACAGUCUGUGGGAUCUUUGCUGGAUUCCUAUCAAGGACGCCUAAAGGGGCUGUGCCAAGUUUUCAAGUAAUUCUCUAUGGGGUCUCUGGAAUCCAGCAGUCCAAUAAAUAAUGAAUAAAAAGGCAGGGCGCAUGCUCGACCUGCUGCUCCAUGAGAAUAGGGGAACUUGACUCCCAUUCUCGGAAUUGGUGGGGGUUUGACCUCUGUAGAUAGGGGAUCUUAAAAACUUGACACAACCCCUUUAAUAGGCAGUUUACGAUGGCAGACCUAGGAACCUUCAAAAGGUCCCAGGUUACCAUAGCAACUGAUCAUCCCCCUGUGCUGUACAGAGGUUAGAAAGAGCUUCUUCUUUUCUCAGAUGUCACAGUCGCUAUUGAUUGUAGCAUCUGAAGAGGUUAAAUGACUGAGAUGGGCGUUUUCUCCUAUCCCGGUCAUUGCCGGCAGGUGUCGGCUUUAUUACACAGACAGCUUAUGCUGCAUAUGGAGUACACUUAGUUAAUGGACCUGUUCUGUACCCCGCCCCCUCCUCAAUGCUGACAGUGCAGAGCUCAGUCCUUCAAUUCACUUUUUUUGAUUGGUUCUCCACAGAGUCCAGGGUGCACCUCUGGUCGACCAAGAGUUGGUUUUUGCCCAGGGCUGCUGUGGUCUGUGGGAGGCUGUCCCUUGCUACAGUUUAACCUGCCUUGGAAAUUCUUGCUAGGAUUGCCCCAGCCACUUUCAUUGUGCCAGUCCAUGUUCCUCAAUCACAAUCGCGUAAGGUGCAUGUAGCCCAUCUCUUUGUGCAACAUCAGUACACUCUCAGACCACUGCAUGGUCACACAAUCAAUCCAAAGCCCUCUUCGAAGAUCUCUCACUUUAACUUAUCGCAGCAGCCUCACAGCAGUAAAGUUUUCAUCAGUACGUUAAGAAAGAUGAUGUUAAUUUACCAUUUGCAAUUUGUCGCAGGUUAAUCACAUCUUGCACCACAUACCAGUUUCUCUGUCACUGUACGCAGGAGGAGGGCUUGUUCUCUAACCCACUUUCUCUUACAGAGAAACAGUCACUGUAAAACAAUCAGGGACUUUCCCAAGAUUCGGGAAGACACAACUGCCCAACCAGACAGCGGAGGAGCCAAAAACAGGAAUAGGAAUUGCUUCUACAUCUGUUGCUGGAAUAUAUAAUGAUGUGCCCUUUACCCAGAUUUUACCAGCCUACAUUUCACUGCUUCCACCAUGCCCAGCCACACUCCCAGUCCUUACCCCGUUGAUGUCUUCAUAAAGGACAGCGUUGGCAUCAGAAGGAUCUGGAGAUGUUGGACAAUGUCUUAUACUUGUAGGAUACUCUGUCUUUAAUAGGAAUUGAUAACCGCCAUCUUGUUUCUUUGUUACCAGUUAGUCUUUUCAAUGUCUUACCAGUCUGUGGUAUUUUACUGUUUAUGAUGAUCAUUGUCACUAGAUCCUGGUGAGUGUCCUUCUUCUUCUUCUCUACAGAUCACAUUAUUCUCUAUAGGGAACUGCUAUAUAACACGGGGCUGCACUUUACUGUCUGACCUAUAGGGGGCGCAAUAACUAGAGCAGCCAGGCUAUACCCCAGGGGCUGGAUCAGGUGGUGCUAUAAUCAGAUGUCCGCUACUCUUUCUUUCCUUAUAUUAUGAUGUAAUAUACACUAGAACCCCAUAUCCUUCCUGCCUGGUAUACACUGCACCUUUAUAUCUGCCCCUCUGUAGUGGGGGAGGGGAUCAGGGGUAUAUUCUGGGGUUAACUGAAUAUUGUCAUAUCUGCCAGUUUAUGUAAGGACAUUUCUCUGUUACAGUUAUAAAAGUAAGACCAAGUGCCAGCGUGCCAUCCGGGACCAACUGAUGGAGGUGGCGGUGGAUCGGUCAGAAUUAAUCCAGAGGCCGGGGUGGAGUCAGGGAAUGGACUUAACACUGAAGAAAAUACAUCUAAAUAAAAAACAAUGAGAAGGAUGCCAAAGAGAAAUGCAAAAGAUGAAGAACAAGGGAAAGGGGAACAUUUAAGACCAAUGUGUUUACCUCCCUGAAGUGAAGCCGUAUUUCACAUCUGGACGCUUCAUGACUAUUCAAGAUGUCUCCUCUUGAGAUUUAUAUCAUCACAACAUAGCAUCAAUAUCAUCAAUUAAAACAGUGCGAUGAUCAGUUUAGUUUUUGUAUUAAUAUUAACACAGUCAAAUUGAAGUUUCUGAGACAUUAUGCAAUUUCUAUUUUUUGAGGAAAAAACAGGAACAGAACACAAGACAUUUCCCAAAGGUUUUCCUACUUUCUGCUUCUGGUUUAUGGCAUUCUGUAAUUCAUGGUCCUGGCUGCACCAUAAAGCAAGAACAGUACAAGUUUACAGCGGCCGCACUAAUGGUAAUGAGGCCUCUAAGACUUCACUAAGAAAAAGGUAGAAUUAUCUUACUCAGUCUCUACUUUUUUGAAUGUAUGAAUGAGUAUUGUGAAAUCAUAGGUGGCGCAUCUGCAGGGUAUGAUCAUCUAUAAUCCAAGUAAUAAGACGCACAACAUAUGGUGCUCAUUUAUUUCAGAAUCUCAGUAGUUAUGGGGAGGUCAUUAGAUGGAGAACAUAGACCGCGUGGUUCAGAAAAUAUUGGUCAGCAAUGAAGACUCCUUUGUUUUACUCACAAUGACAUAGAAAAUGGAUCAAAUUGCUCCCAUAAGCUUUCCAAAUAGAUGAUACAUGUCUACUACCUACUGAUGGUUUCCAUUCAGAGAUCAAGAUCUGAUGGUUGCAAUAUGUAAAACACGAGUCAGGCAGGCAGUUUCAAUCCAUCUCUCUGAUCCUUAUCUCACUUAGAGAGGAAGAGCUAGAAGUCCCCCAUAUACAUUAGAUGGCCAGCUGGUCCUGCCAAAACCAGAUGGUUGGACUGACAUUUAUUUAAUGUGUGUGACCAGCUUAAAGAAGAACUCCUGCAAAAUUUUUUAUUCUUUGACCUGUUAGAAAGGUACAUGAUGUAAUCUGUAGUGAAUGUAAUCUUUUUACCAGUGGAUGUAUUUGUGAGUUAUAACCUCCCUUCUGAUGCUAAGUUGUGUCAUCUAAUCAGUGAGACAACCCCUUUAAUAUGGCACUUACUAAUGUAUUGUGAUUGUCCAUAUUUCCUCCUUUGCUGGCUUGAUUCAUUUUUCAUGACAUUAUACACUGCUCGUUUCUAUGGUUAUGACCAAACUGCAAUCCCACAGCAGUGGACAUGCUCGCACACUAUAGGAAAAAGCGCCAACCUUUCUAGUGUCCGGGACUGUGGGAGCGCACAUAGGCAUGCAUGCACAGCAGCUCUUGUCCCAGUCACCUGGUUUCAGUGCUGCCGUGUCAUUUGCUGAACCCCGCUACAUCUGAAUGCCAAAUCUUACUGUUCGUUCAACUGGCUCUUGCAGAAAUGGACACAGACAGCAGAAGGCCCCUUAAGUGCCUAUUAGCGUGUAUCACACAAAUCUACCUGACUGAAAGAUUGUCAUUAGUCGCCGCCACAUCCCCUAGUCUAAUCAGGAAUCUGCUUGUCUUUAGCAGGGCGAACAAGCAACGAUCGCAGUAAUGAGCAAACACUGAUAAUUAUUGUUCAGUGUAACUGAACGUCUUUUGAUACACAAACAAAUCGACACUUACCGAUCAAUAGUGAAAAAUGUUAUGGAACUUGUUUGCACAGUCUCUUACAUGCAGUCUAGGGUCCUUUUACACAGGUUGAGGAUCAAGACAGUUAUAUGUUUGUAUGAACACUCGUUCCUAUCAUCUAUAUAGAAAAAAUCUCUUAAUUUUGAGGCUAAUAAUAUAAUUAAGAGGCUUGCUUGUAGGUCGUAUUCUAAACAAAUGACAUCUAACCACUAUUAAACGGUUUCCAAAAUGGAGAGAAAAACACUUAUUUUUCCUGUGAAAAAAAACAUUAAUAACAGAAAUGGGCAGAGUUAUUUUAAGAAGAAUGCCAUAACAUUUGUUACCCAAUAUAGUGAACAAUGUGAUGCAAUAUGUAAAAUAAUAAAAAAAAUAUCUACCUCUUCUGAGAUAUAACAAUCAAUGGUCAGGUAUAGUGGAGAAGGGCAUUAGAUGCUCAGCACGUAAAGCUCAGACUCUUGGUCAAACACUCAGUCCUAGUUUAUUCAAAGAGCCUGAAGAGGUGAAGACUACAUGGAUUAGUAGUAAAGGUAGCUAUAAAUGUGGUCACAUGCAGGCUAUGAACCAUUUUAAAUCCACAGCAAAUGAUAAAGAAUUUGCCAUCAAGUCUUACCUUAAUUGUAACACGAAAAAUGUUAUUUAUUUGGUGACGUGUAUUGAAUGUCAGCUACAAUAUGUGGGAUGCACUUCCAAUCAGAUAAAGGGGAGAAUACGUAAACACAUUUCUGAUGUGCCCCACCAUGAAAGCCACAAUGUGUCUGCGGUCAGUUUACACUUUGCAUUUUUUUAUGGUGGGGAUACCUCCAAAUUGAAAGUACAGGGCAUUGAGAGAAUAGCAGUUCCAAUCAGAGGAGGGGAUUUGAGGAGGAAGCUACUCAACAGAGAAGCAUACUGGAUGUUUCAGCUGGCUGCAUGUCACCCGCAAGGGUUAAAUAAAAGACAUGAUCUUAUACUGCAGUAUUAGAACAGAUGCGUCUCUGUUGAAGGAACCCUCACGAUCCAGCUGUCAGUGUAUAAUAGUUUUUAUUAAUAGUAGUGAAGUUAUAUUAUGUUUUGAUAUGUGCUUUUUUAGUAAAUCAGUACAUGUCCACGCCAUUUCCUGACUUCAUGGUCAGGUGUGGGUGCGGCAUAUAAAGUGCACUUUUUUUAGUGUAGUUGUGUCAUGAGGAAGGACAUUUAUUGAUCGUGGUCUGAAACGCGUAACACAAGUGUACCUGUAUGGAAUAUUUUUAAAUCGAAUAAAGAUUUAUACCUUUAUCAUUUGGAGCUGGACCACAAAUUUUUUUCUGAAGUUUAAGUUAUAGCACACCCAGACGCUAUGUCCGGGCUCAAGACAAGGAUAUAGAGGUGAGAGCUGCCUACGUUUAUUUUGUUAUCAUUUAUAUAGUUACAUAGUUGUCAAGGUUGGAAAAAGACAAAAGUCCAUUAAGUCCAACCUGAAAUCCUGCUAUAUCGAUCCAUGGAAUAAAUCCCUGGAUCAAUGUUCAUCUUCCUUUUAAAAAGGGUUUGGGCCAAAGGGAAAUGGUGUGUAGAACAAGAUUUGUAUACAUUGUCAUAAGCCUCAAUGUUAUUUUGAAUUAAAAAGUCAUCUAAACCUU